AAGAAAACACCGAACCUUGAUAUAGGGUGUUAAAAUAAACUCAGGUUAAGGUCCUGAGUUUUCUAUCCUCCCGUAGGCCUUCUUAGCGAUCUCCCAUCCUCCAGUAAAGCUCCCCUCUAUUUCUACUGAAGGGAAAAUAUCAUCACAACAAUAUCUGCAACAGCUGCCAAAAUGUCCCCUUCAGGCCCUUUCCAAGUCACUGUUCAUCCCUUCGAGUCUAAGUGUCGAAGCUCGGCCGCCUAUGAAAUUGGUCUCACUUCAGCUCCCAACGCCAUUGUCUUCAUCGGUGGGCUUACAGAUGGACCUCACACUGUUCCUUAUACCCGGCUUCUAGCCCAGCGUCUGGAGGAAGCAAAGGAUUUGGGCUUCUCUGUUAUCGAGUUCCGCAUGAGGAGCUCUUUCUCGGGUUUUGGCACCUCGAGCCUCCCCAACGACGUUGAAGAUAUUUCUGCUUUGGUCAAGUAUCUACGAGGAAUCGGCAAGGAAAAGAUCGUCCUAUUUGGUUCCUCGACUGGCUGCCAGGACUGCAUCGAGUAUGCCAACUAUGCCAAGCACAACAACGAACCUGUCGAUGGCUUCGUUAUGCAAGGUCCGGUAUCGGAUCGUGAGACGCUUGAUUUGAUCUUCCCGGACCCUCAGCCGAGUCUUGAUCUCGCCGCAAAGAUGAUUUCUGAGGGUAAAGGCGGUGAUUGUAUGCCUUUUGACAUGAUUCCGGCUGUUCUGGGAGCUCCCAUUUCGGCGUAUCGGUUCCAGUCCUUGGCGAGCAAAGGCGGCGACGAUGACUACUUUUCAUCAGACCUGCCCGAUGAUGUCGUUGAAAGGAACUGGUCUCGGUUCAACAAGCCAGUGCUGGUUCUCCAUUCUGCUGAGGACGAGUUCGUCCCAGAGCGCAUCGACCAGGCUGCGAGCAACAAAAAGUAUAAGGCGUUGAACCCGGCCGUCAGUCGGUUAUCGGGGCUGAUUCCUGGCGCAAGCCACACCGUUGAUCAACCCCCAGCGCAGGAGUGGCUUUCCAAGACGGUUAUCGAGUGGUUGAAAACCGAAGUCACUUCUUGUGCUUGAUUGAGAUUGCUUGUCAAGACGUGUUGACAGUCACGUUAAUUAGAGGGAACACACUGAGGACUACGAGUUGUGCAAGCAAUUGAAGUGCUUAUGAUCUAUUAAGAUGAUAAAUAGAAAGCAUUAGGUAACUAUAGCAAUGAGUCAGUCACGCGAGCGACCUACCAAAAUGAUACUCAAACUCUAUGCUACAGGGUAAGACGACAUUGGCUGGGAAGUGAGUGAUAUCAC